AUGAUCCCCCGAAAACUUCCAACCAGCGAAACUCGAUCGAAGCCUCCGAGCUUCGGCCAUAGAGCUGGACAACGUCACCGCACGCAGCUUGUGGAACGUCAGGGAGGUCAGGAGUGGAAACACGAUCAUUUGGGAGAGUCCACAGAAGGCCGGUCGGUUUGUUCCUGUGAAGCUUGCCGGACACUGAGCCUAGCCGGUUUCCCGAACAGCAGCAACAGCAGCAACAGCAGCAACAGCAGCAGCAGCAGCCUCUCUGAGCUCGAGGACCGUCCACAGUGUAUUGGUGGCUACUCUAGUUCUAGUGGUGGGGCCGCAGAAGGAGUCGAUCAAUACGUAUGGGAACUGCAUGAGGGUUUCAAUAUGGGGACACCAACCCAAACAAUACAGCGUCCUGCUGAGUGUCCUAGCUUCGGUUACGGUGCUUUUCGUUCCAGACGAGCAGACUCUGGAAGCGAGCCCCUUGCUAAUGAACCACUCGAAACCAUGCGGGACCUCUCCAUUCAUGAUGCCGCGUCUCAUGAUACGCAAAAGCUGCCAUCGAUGAAGCACCGCGCUGGAGACGUGAGCUCAGUUACUGUUCCGUCAACGAAUGCUAAAUUUGCGGUAGCAGGGCAUUCGGAUGCACCGAAAAUUUUCAGUUCUCCUGAGGCGGAAGCACGCCUACUGCCCUGUAGCUCAUACGCAGACUCGGCUACAACGGGCUCUUCUUCAUUGCAUGAAGGCUUGGUUCAGCUUGAUGUUGUCGAUUAUCGAAUGCGCAUAGUCUCGAAACAAAUUUCGAGCAGCAUGCCUGUCUACGAAACUAGGCAACUCUCAACGUCCCGCGCGAGUUCUCGGAACACGGCGGUGCUUGGACGUCUCUGGUCAGUCGCGUCACUUGGAGUCAACAGACCUAAUGAGGACCGUUGGCACGUAGAACGCCAGCGUCUGAUAUGCGAUUUCCAGUCAUACGCGCCUUUCAAGCUUUCGCAAGCCAGUCUAAGAUCUGAGGCGGGCACAAGCUCGGUCGCCGCUCUCAAAAGCGUGAAAUGCAGCGGAUCGGCUGUGGGUUUCACACGACCAGCAACUCCGCCUGGGAGUCACGAUGUGGCAGAGUGUGAAGUCGCUGACUGCGACAGCGGUUUCGAAUCUGAUGACUCGUUUACGGUGGGCUUGUUUGAUGGACACGAAGGAGCCACGUGCUGCGAGCUAGUUGGCGAACUGCUUCUAGAAACGAUUCGAGACCGAUGCACUAAGAAUGGAAAAUAUACGACUAUGCUCCAGGAGCUUGGAAUUGAAGGCUUUGCAAGAUGUCUGAUAGAGACGUUUGAAUUUGUCGACAAGAAGAUCCUGGAGCUCCUCUGGGAACAUCUAGAGCGAAGUGGCGACGGACAUUUUGCAAUAACAGGAGCCUGUUGCAUAACAGCAACGCUGAUGAAUGGUGGAAGGGAUCUCUUCGUUGCCUCGCUAGGAGACUGUGAGGCCUAUUUGGGCCGUCGAUGUUGCGCGGCUGCGGAGCUCCCGCAUCCUCAAGAAGGAGCGAAUAAGCGUAUGGCUCGAAAAAAUUUCGAAGCGAUUCGGCUGUGUCGCUCACAUAAUCUUCGAAUCAGCGAGAAUUCGAAAGCUCUCAUGGAGCGGUUUCCCAACGAUCCCUCCGUAGUGCAGAAAAUAGGCAAUAAUUUUUUCGUCAAAGGCAAGCUGCAGGUAUCGCACGCCUUUGGAAAUGGAUACCUGAAAGAGCAAAGAUUCAACGAGCGACUCUACCCUAUUUUUAGGGCGAAGUCACCUUACUGUGGAGGAUACGUGUCCGCAACUCCGCAUGUUGAGCAUGUGUCCUUGAUGGAUCGGGACGAAUUUCUGAUUUUAGGAACGGAUGGAUUCUGGGAGAACGCUGAACCAGAGGUAGUCGUCGAGCUUUUGGGUCACUUUUUUCACGAUCGGGAGAUUCUGGAGGGGAAUCUAGACCAGAUCUCAAUAGAUCCAAGAAGGGCAAGCGAGCUCUUGAUGCAGUACGUGUGGCUUCGCCUCCACGACAGUAUAGAACCCGCGAGCUUGCGUACAGCGGGCCAGACUGGUGGCAAAAGCAGUGGAAGCUGUGCUGCUGAGCCGCGCCCUCAGCUUCGUGACGACUGCUCAGUUCUGGUUUUAUUCCUCCGUCCAACGGAGAUCGGGGAUGCAGAAGAAGCCAUAUCAUACACAGGCAAUAUGGAUUGUACAGAUUUUUGUGAGCAACUAGAUGGUGAUACCAAGGAGCGCAUUCAACGUCUGCGAGCAUCGAUUUCCGAAUGGAUGCGCACAUAUGGCGAGCAUUCCGAUGAAAUAUGA